AUGGAGAGGCUGGAGGUGCAAUUUGUUCAUGCACUCAAUGUGGAAUGCAGACACUAUAGGAAGAAAAAAACCCCCCCCAAACAUUGCAAAAGUAUUGCACGCCGGUAUUUUGGUUCUGCAGCCAAGCAGACCACCGAGUGUCUUGAGACGGUGUCUCAUUCUUUAUCUGUACCUUCCCAGCAGAAAGAGCUCACGUCGAAGAAGAGAGAUGAGUUUGAAGAUAUCUUGGAGGAAAGACGGUCGUCCAGCGACUUGAGAUACGCGAUGAAAUGUUAUACCCCUGUGAUCUACAAGGGACUUUGCCCCUGCAAGCCAAGCGCUAUUAAAAGUGCCGUUCUGCAGUCGGAGCAAGUUCAAUACGUGAUCAAGCAGUUAGCAAAAGAGGUGGGAGAAUCGCCUGAUAUUAUUCAAGAGGAAGCCAUGGAAAUCCUGGAUGAGAUGGGCCACAAUAUGCAAUUGGGAGCCGUCCGAUUUUUUGCCUUUACUCUGAGCAAAAUAUUUAAACGGCUUUUCCAGAGAGUCUGUGUGAAUGAAGAAGGAAUGCAGAGAUUGCAACACGCCAUUCAGGAGCAUCCAGUUGUGCUGCUGCCCAGUCACCGAAGCUACGUAGACUUUUUGAUGCUGUCUUAUUUGCUAUAUACGUACGACUUGGCUCUGCCUGUCAUUGCUGCAGGAAUAGAUUUCCUGGGAAUGAAAAUAGUCGGUGAGCUGUUACGAAGGGCAGGCGCCUUUUUCAUGCGACGUUCCUUCGGUGGGAACAGACUCUACUGGGCAGUGUUUGCUGAAUAUGUAAAAAUGAUGCUGAGGAGUGGCUAUGCCCCAAUCGAGUUUUUCCUUGAAGGGACUAGAAGCCGCACUGCCAAGACUCUGACUCCAAAGUUCGGUCUUCUCAGCAUUGUGGUGGAACCGUUUUUGAAACGUGAAGUCUUUGACACGUACCUCGUUCCCAUCAGCAUCAGCUACGAGAGGAUAUUAGAAGAAUCUCUCUAUGCAUAUGAACUCCUAGGUGUCCCAAAGCCCAAAGAAUCGACAUCUGGGUUGUUAAAAGCCAGAAGAAUCCUCAGCGACAAUUUUGGUACCAUACACAUCUACGUUGGCCAGCCAGUAUCGCUUAGAACCUUGGCAGCUGGGAGAAUUAACUGGUGCCCGUACAAUUUGGUUCCCAGGCAUCUUCCCCAAAAGCCAUCUGAGGAUAUCCAAGAAUUUGUCAGUGACGUGGCUUAUAAAAUGGAGCUCCUGCAAAUAGAAAACAUGGUUUUGAGCCCGUGGGUGCUGGUUGCUGCUGUCCUGCUCCAGAAUUUGCCAGCCAUGGAUUUUGAACUGCUAUUAGAAAAGACCCUGUGGCUUAAAGGCUUGACACAGACGUUUGGAGGAUUCAUUGAAUGGCCUGAUAACCUGUGUGCCAAAAAAGCAGUCGUGUCUGGCCUCACCCUGCAUGCCAACAUUGCUCGCCUGGUCGAUGGCCACGUGGUCCUCAACGACAAAGGAGUGGAAGACGGAGCCGUAGGGGAAAUCGUCUUCAAGCGUGCGCUGGCCAUCCUCAUGUGUGCCACCUACAGAAACCAGCUGCUGAACGUGUUCGUGCGUCCCUCGCUGGUGGCAGUCGCCUUGCAGAUGACGGGCAGCUUCAGGAAAGAGGAAGUCUAUAGCUGCUUCAGCUUCUUGAGAGACGUUUUUUCUGAUGAGUUCAUCUUCUUUCCUGGCAUUUCGCUGAAGGAUUUUGAGGAAGGGUGUUUUCUGCUUUCAAAAUGCGAUGCCGUUCAAACAAGUCAACAGGAGAUCUACCCUACCGACAAAGGAAGCGGUGUCGUGUCCUUCUUGUCAGCUAUGUUCAGGCCUUUCGUGGAAGGUUAUCAGUUAAUUUUCAGAUACCUCUCAAAGGAGACAAAAGAAGCCUUUACAGAGAAGCAGUUUAUCCCUGGAGUCCGCAACUUUGUUUUCCAGCUUCUUGAGAAGGGCAGCACGCAGUGUUACGAAGCGCUCUCUUCUGACAUGCAGAAAAACGCCUUGGCAGCUCUCGUGCAGCUGGGCGCGGUGAAGAAGAAGAAAAUGUCCAAUGGAUUCACUUACAGUGUCAAUCAAGAGGCUGUUAAUAAAAUCCUGGACAUGUUUGAUGCUAGGACGCCCGUACCGAAACCCAUGGCUGCACGGCUCUGA